AUGAGACUUGUGUGCGGACCCCACGCCAGGGCCCCGUCCCCACAGAGCGUGUCCGGACCUCACCGCGUCUCAGUUGCCUUUGCAGGUGCCUGUGGGUCCGGCCUGUGCCGUUACCAGGACCCGCCUUAUCCCGACGCAGACUCAGACUCCGCCACGGGUCCCAGGGACCUGAGCUGCUACCGAGUGUUCGACCACAAGGGUCACUACGCGUGCUCCUGGCGGUACGACGGCCCCCAGGACGCGGUCAGCCACUUCCUGAGGUGCUGGCUCAAAAAACCCAAGCAAGACCUAAAAAAUAAAGAAACAGAAAAGGCCGAAGACAGAGCUCAGUGUGAUGGUCCCGGGUUCAGUAAGGCAAAGCCGGGAUUUAGCUCAGUGGCGCCGCCGUCUGCCUCGCAAGUGGGAGGUCCCGAGUUCGAUCCCGGUACCAAAAACAAAGAAGCAGCAGCAAAGCAAGACGGGGAGAGGAGAAGGCUCAGCAGUGCCACCCCUUCCCGCAGCGUUCACAGGUCCUGCUGCUACUUCUCGGCGGACAAAGCCACCCAGGUGCAGUUCUCGGAACAGGACGGGGUGUCUGUGCACAGUAAUGUCACACUCUGGGUGGAGUCCCGGGCCGCCAACCGGACGGAGAGGUCGCCCGCGGUCACCCUACGGCUGUCGGAACUGGAAUGGGUGCGAUACGACCCCCCGGUGAGAGCAGCCAGGAUGUCCCUGUCCCGCGGGGGGCUAAGGAUGGAGUGGGAGAACCCUGGGGAGGACAGAGCCCAGAUGCAGUUCCGGCGCCGCACACCCAGCAGCUCCUGGGAGUUGGUGAGUUUGUCCUGGAUCGAAGGGGACACCGCCUGUCUUGGGGCACCCCAUCUCUGCAGCUGCCGGCGCCCCACAGGCAGCGCCCCAGGUCUCUGGGACACGCGGCUGCCGCCACAGCCCUUGCUCCCUGACGGCUGUCACGGGGCCGAGCCCGGGGCCCAGGUCACCUACUUCCUGUGGCUGCGCAUGCGGUCCUGCCCCUGCCAGGCCAAGGCCACGCGAACCCUGCGCCUGGAGAAGCGCAAGAUCUUCCUCUCCGGCGGCGCCUACGACGUGGCUGUCCUCUCCCAGACCCGCCUGGGCUGGGGCCCCAAUCGGACGUGGCUCAUCCCUGCUGUCCCCGCAGUGCCCGCUGCCCACAGAGACCUCGGGGCCCUGAAUGCCAGCGUGGGAGCCGGCGGCUCUACAGUGCGCUGGACAGUGAGGGCCCCAGGAGGGACCCACUGCGUGGAGUGGCAGCCGCUGGGCGGGGACGUGGCCCCCAACUGCACAGUGCUGCCACCCCGGGAGCCGGGCCCAGCGGGAUCAGUGACUCACAGCUGGAGUCCAGCCCUGGGGGUGACAAGACAGGACCAAUGUUACCAAGUCACCAUCUUCUCCUCUGUGCGCCCGGAGAAGGCCACGGCGUGGUCGACCGUGUUGUCCACCUACUACUUCUGGGGCAACGCAUCGGUGGCCGGGACCCCGCUGCGCGUGUCGGUGAGGAGCCACGGGGAGGACUCUGCGGCCGUGGCCUGGUCGCCAUCCCUGCUGCAAGGCUGCCCCGGUAUCCUGGCGGCCUAUGCAGUGGGUUGUGUGGAGGACGGCGGCCGUCAGGCAGUGCUGAGAAACAAGUCACCCCUCACAGAGUGGCUCGUGGCGCCCAGCGAGACCCAAGUCACCCUCCAGGGACUGCGACCCGGGGUCACGUACACGGUGCAGGUGCGCGCGGACACGGCGUGGCUAAAGGGCAGCUGGAGCCUGUCCCAGAGCUUCAGCCUCGCCCCUCAGGUGUCCCGUGUGCCCAUCCUGUCCGUGUCCUUGGGUAGCUUUGUGACCAUCCUCCUCCUGGGCGUCCUGGGGUACCUCGGACUGAGCAGGUUUGUGCAGCACCUGUGGCCGCCCCUACCCACACCCUGUGCCAGCACUGCCGUGGCGUUCCCGACCAGCCAAGGGGAGAAGUGCCCUUGGAGCGCCCCGGUGGACUUCGCGGACGAGGCGUCCCCUCCGGAGGCUUCCCGGCAAAAGCCCGGCGGAGCCCGAGACCCGCCCGUCGGAAGCCUCCGAUUCCCCAAGGGAAUCAUCUAG